UCAUGUUAUACGAGAAUACGCACUUCGGUUCAAGUUUUGCACAAGAUGAAGCAUUCCAGUUCAAUACACAAGAUGUUUGCACGUACAAGAGGUUUUAAGGCAUGAUAAAAGUACAAGGUCGUACUAUUGAAGAAUUUAAAAGCCAGUACAAUCAUUGAUGCCGUCUCGACCUAAACCCAACAGGCCCAACCUUAUCCAAAACAGUCUCAGCAAAUCUCAUCUACAAUCUCGACUUUCAAGGAUGGGUGGAAGAUUUUGCAGAACAAGCCACAGGAGAAGCCAAUUACACAAUGACAAGUGGGAUGUUCAUUUUGCUAUAAUAUAACUCUUUGGGCUCUUUGUUAGGGAAGGGGUUCUGAAGGGGAAAAAAAGGAGAGCUUUCUUUCUAGGUUUUUCUAAGAGGAAACAGAAUGCUUGUUUUCGGAUUGUAGGAGUGGAGCCAAGGAACAUCGCAUAAAUCUCAUCUCAAGGCCAAGUUUGUAAUCUGUAAACCAGGUACACAAUAAUAUAUAUAUAUAUAUAUAUAUCAGCAAAGAAGGAAGCUAAGCAAGCUAGCUAGCCAGAGCGAUCGAGAUCAAUGGAGAAGGAUGAUGCAACCACAGCGAUCGAGCUUCUGGAUUCCCAGCUCCAUGUCUGGGAUCACUGCUUGGGCUACAUCAACGCCAUGACCGUCCAAUGUGCAGUCGAGCUUGAGAUCGCAGAUGCGGUCCACGGCCACGGCAAGCCCAUCUCCUUGGGCGAGCUCGCCGCCGCUCUCAACAUCUCCCCGGCGAAAGCUCCGUUCCUCUCGCGCCUCAUGCGCAUGCUCGUCCACAUGGGAUACUUCGUACAACAAACCAAGGAACAGUUCCGAAUUAUCCGCCAACAGGUAUUACCAGCCGAAUCACAAGAAGAGGGGCGGCCGUACUGGGUGACGCCACUGUGUCGAUUCCUGCUGAAGGACAACCCAUUCAACGCCAGGUCAUUCAUCCUGUGCAUGAACCAUCCUAACAUGGUGGAUCCCUGGCGCCAUAUGAGCGCUUGGUUUCGAACCUCUACCACCACUCCGUUCACUUUAGCUCACGGUGGCAAGAAGAUAUACCAAGUUUGCUCGUCCGACCCAACGUUCGGCCAGAUGUUUGCGGAGGCGAUGGGGGCCGACAGCAGGGUGUUCAGCAGGGCUUUGGUGGCCCAGUGCAAGGAAGCGUUCGAAGGUUUGAGCUCGCUCGUGGACGUCGGCGGGAGCACCGGAACCACCGCUAAGGUUAUCGCUGAGGCUUUCCCGGGCAUUCGUUGCACUGUGUUUGAUCUCCCUCAUGUGGUUGCUGAUCAUGGCUCGAGACAAGCACAUCCUAAUCUGGACUACGUUGGUGGAGACAUGCUUGCUGACGACCUUCCUCAAGCUGAUGCACUGCUCUUCAAGUGGGUGUUAAUUGACUGGCCGGAUGAACCUUGCUUGAAAGUGUUGAAGCAAUGCAAGAAAGCGUUGACCAGGAAUGGCGGGAAGGGGAAGCUGAUGAUCGCGGACCAUGUGCUGGGACACGAGAGCUGCAACGACGAGAGCUCCAUGGGAACGUCCUUGCUCUUCGACCUCGGAGACAUGGUGAAUCUCGAGGGUUAUGUAAGGACCGAGAAGCAGUGGGCCAAGCUCUUCUCCGAUGCUGGAUUCACCAACUACACCAUCACUCCAGUGGGCGGCUUGCGACUCCUCAUCCAAGUCUACCCUUAAUUAUAUGCUUGUAUCGAUCGAUACGUGCUGCGUAUAAAGUACGUACGUGUGAUUUUGAUGGUUUAUGUUUUCUCGUUUUAAUUUGUAUAAGGUUAUCCGAUCCAUCAGACGACGUACAUUGUUGUUGCUCCUAAUAUUUUUCCCGUCUUUCAGUACUCUCUUCUAGCUAUGUAUUUGUCUCUUCUUGCUACUUGAAAUGAAAAUCAUUAAUCAUU